AUGUCUACAUUGAUACCACCUCAAUGUUAUUGUGAUCCAAGUGUUGUACUUGGUUAUUGCCAUGUUGAUGGCUGUAAAGCAUAUGCUGCCAUCUAUUUGAUAGUUUGGGGCGCCUCAAUGUAUGAGGGCUCAAGACGAAUCUAUACCAUGCGUAAAGUUUGGAGAACGGCCAUCUACUGGAGCAAUGUGUUCCUGACCAUUGGAAGCACCCUGAACUUUGUUCGCCAUGUAAUGUUGCUGGCACGCGUCGUUGAACUCUACUCAAUGGCCGUGUUACUGACGUUUAGCGUGGGAUUCUGGGUCAAUGCCUACCUGCUCAUCCUGGUGAACUGGUGCGACAUUAUCAUCAACAUCCACUUCAAGAGCGCAUACCAGCGUGCCGUGCGCAUUGUCAAAUGGGUGAUUGUGGCCUUCAUCGUCCUGCACUUUGUUGGCUGGAUCAUUGCCGACACCAUCUACUGGCCAGCCAAGUACACCAACGUGUUCAUCGGUAUCUACGGUCUGGGAAUCACCUGCGGCUACAUCCUAUUAGGCUUCCUCAUCUGGCGCGAGUACUAUCUCGUGUCGCACAUUGCCGCACAUGGUGACAGUGCCAUCCUGGUGAAGGAGAAGAUCAAGAAGAUCACCAAGCUGACCGUGUACGUGUCUCUGUCGGCAAUGUUGUUCACUCUCACCAUGAUAGUGUGCACCAAGAUACUGCCCAAGAGCAAUGGAGGUGCCGUCGCCUGGAUGUUCCUCACUCGUCUACCAUUUGCCAUCUUCAUCUUUGUGAUGCAUAUCAUAAUGGUGCCAUCGAAAUUCGAGCGUAAGGAGGCGUCCAAGCGUACGGAGGAGACAGCACAAUGGAGUGAGAAGAUGAACAAACUCAACUUUACCGACUCUGACUGUAAAUCAAUGGACCAACAAGGUCUGGCUGAGCCAACAGUACUCACAAUGCAAGCAACUCGUUCUGGUCAAGAAAAGGAGAGUACAGGAUCUUCUGGCGAGUCUGAUGUAUAA